GCCUGGCGGGCGGGGACCUCGCAGCGCCCGGGAGCCAGGUGGCAGGGAGAAGGCAGGGAUUCGGACUGCAUACCCUGCCCAAUGCUUGUGCGCUCUGCCCUGGAGAAAGAGGAAUGGGGCGGUGGGGAGGAGGGGGACGUGGCCGCGCUGCCCCCUGGGGAGCCAAGACCUUAGCAGUGCCCGGCCUGCCCCAGGGCCCCUGACAUGCACACACGCAUAUUUAGUUUCUUAUACUCACUGACGUACUGCUGUAGACAUCAUCAGACACAGUCUCACAGGAGUACACACCACUCACACGGAAAAUACACAGGACUCUCUCCCUGUCUGCGCACCAUCAUAACACCAGGUGCCCAGCGCCCUGGCAGAGAGGGAGGGGACCAGAGUAGCAGGUACAGGGAACAGAACAAGGCUGUGUUUGGCGUAGUGCAGAGUGUGUGGAGGGGCAUGGAGCCAGGUGAGCCCAGAGACGGGAAGAGGAGGCUUUGGGAAAGGCUUGGAAUGCCAGUGAAGGCACUGGGGUGCCCCAGAAGGUUUCGGGAAGGGAGAAUAAGAAGAUGGGAAUUUGUGGAAGAGUCUGGUGGGGAAGCAGGAAAACAGGGAGUGGCCUGUUUGGCAUUGGGCGCUGGUGGUACCAUUCCCAUCCCAGGUGCCCCAACAUAGGUGAGCACAAGGUUCAGGAAACAGUUAUUGAAUGAAUGAAUGAAUGAAUGGCCCAUGCAGAAGAGAGGCCUGAACUCAGACCAGGACAGGGAAUGGAAGAGAGAGGCCGAGGCCAGAAGUCACUGUGCUUGAAGUUGGCUGACUGUGGCAACUCAUUGGUUGGAGGAGUCUCAGAUGCUUGAGGGUUCUGGGGACCAGAGAAGUACCAUUAGCAGGCAGAGAGAAAGCCAUGGGGAGCAGCACAUUUUAUGGGAUGGUGAGAGACAGGCAUGGAGAGGGUGGCAUGGGGAUGAUUUAACUGCUUGGAGCAAAUUUGCAUCUGAGUGAAAGCAUAAGUGAGUUUAAAUGCCCCAGAAUUGGUUUCCAUUAAAUCAUCCCAUAAUUGAGAACAGAAAAGGGGAUUACAGAAGACACAGAUGGCCAAGUCUAUACCAGUUCACCAGCCACCCAGGAGUUUUCCUUUCUAGUGUCAGUGGAAGCUGAUGGAGAAUCGAGCUCUGGACCCAGGGACUAGGGACUCCUAUGGUGCCACCAGCCACCUCCCCAACAAGGGGGCCCUGGCAAAAGCCAAGAACAACUUCAAAGACCUGAUGUCCAAGCUGACGGAGGGCCAAUAUGUGCUGUGCCGGUGGACAGACGGACUGUAUUACCUCGGGAAAAUCAAGAGGGUCAGCAGUUCUAAGCAGAGCUGCCUUGUGACUUUUGAAGAUAAUUCCAAAUACUGGGUCCUGUGGAAGGACAUACAGCAUGCUGGUGUUCCAGGGGAGGAGCCCAAGUGCAACAUCUGCCUGGGGAAGACAUCGGGGCCACUGAAUGAGAUCCUCAUCUGCGGGAAGUGUGGCCUGGGUUACCAUCAGCAGUGCCACAUCCCCAUAGCAGGCAGUGCCGACCGACCCCUGCUCACACCUUGGUUCUGCCGACGCUGCAUCUUCGCGCUGGCUGUGCGGAAAGGCGGCGCGCUGAAGAAGGGCGCCAUCGCCAGGACGCUGCAGGCCGUGAAGAUGGUGCUGUCCUACCAGCCCGAGGAGCUCGAGUGGGACUCACCCCACCGCACCAACCAGCAGCAGUGCUACUGCUACUGCGGCGGCCCGGGAGAGUGGUACCUGCGGAUGCUGCAGUGUUACCGGUGCAGGCAGUGGUUCCACGAGGCCUGCACCCAGUGCCUCAAUGAGCCCAUGAUGUUCGGAGACCGGUUCUAUCUGUUCUUCUGCUCUGUGUGUAACCAGGGCCCAGAAUACAUCGAGAGGCUGCCCCUGCGAUGGGUGGAUGUGGUUCACCUGGCCCUCUACAACCUGGGAGUGCAGAGCAAGAAGAAGUACUUUGACUUUGAGGAGAUUCUGGCCUUUGUCAACCACCACUGGGAACUCCUGCAGCUUGGCAAGCUCACCAGCACCCCCGUGACGGACCGAGGACCACAUCUCCUCAACGCUCUGAACAGUUACAAAAGCCGGUUCCUCUGUGGCAAGGAGAUCAAGAAGAAGAAGUGCAUCUUCCGCCUGCGCAUCCGCGUCCCACCCAACCCUCCAGGGAAGCUGCUGCCUGACAAGGGCCUGGUGCCCACUGAGAAUGGCGCCUCCUCUGAGCUGCGUAAGAGAGGAAAGAGCAAGCCUGGUUUGUUGCCUCACGAAUUCCAGCAGCAGAAAAGGCGAGUUUAUAGAAGAAAAAGAUCAAAGUUUUUGCUGGAAGAUGCUAUUCCCAGUAGCGACUUUACCUCCGCCUGGAGCACCAACCACCAUCUGGCCAGCAUAUUCGAUUUCACGCUGGAUGAGAUUCAGAGUUUAAAAAGCGCCAGCUCAGGCCAGACCUUCUUCUCAGACGUGGACUCCACUGACGCCGCCAGCACCUCUGGCUCUGCUUCCACCAGCCUCUCCUAUGACUCCAGACGGACAGUGGGCAGCCGCAAGAGGAAGCUGGCAGCCAAAGCGUACAUGCCACUGCGGGCAAAGCGGCGGGCAGCUGAGCUGGGUGGACGCUGCCCCUCGGACAGCAGUGCAGAGGGGGCUUCAGGCCCCGAGCGGCCAGACGAAGGCAUCGACAGCCAUACAUUCGAGAGCAUCAGUGAAGAUGACUCAUCCUUGUCCCACCUCAAGUCAUCCAUCACCAACUACUUUGGCGCAGCUGGGCGGUUAGCCUGUGGGGAGAAGUACCAGGUGUUGGCUCGGAGGGUCACGCCCGAGGGCAAGGUUCAGUACCUGGUGGAGUGGGAAGGGACCACCCCUUACUGACGAGCCCUCAGAGGAUGCCAGGAGCCCUGGAAACCAAAGGAGAGACAGUGGAAGCCACAGGCUCCCCAGUUCUCUCCAGGCAGGGGUGGGAGAGGGAAGCAAGACAGUGCCUGGCAGAAGGCCCUUCCUGCCUGCCAGCCAGGCCAGGGCCUGUGCCUCUCUGCUGUGCCCACCCUGCUCUUGAGCCGCCUCAGGCUCAUCAUCCCUUUGCCUGUGCCUCUAAGGUCCGCUGGCUAUUUCUCAGUGUCUCCACACACCCCACACUCCCUCAGACUGUUCACAUGUUCCUCUGAAUUUGUGUCCCCCUGGCUCUGUGACCCUUUUUCCUGAGGCCUGAAUCUUUCUCUUUGUCCCCAAUUCUGUGUCCCUUUACUCUCACCCCUUAUGGGUGUGUUUACACACUCUACGUGUGCAUGGCCGUCCCUCCACUGGAUGUCCUUCACACCAGACCCAUGGGCAGCCUGUCCUCCCAGGGACCACGUUAUAAGAACAGGAACCUCCGAGAGAGAAUGGGGGAAGGUGGAUACGAGGAUGCCCUCGGAGCUUUUCUCUCCCACUUUCCUGCCACUCCCCCUGCCCUUGGAAAGAGGUGGUGAGGGCGGGAGAAUGCCAGCGCCUCCGUGAAAGCCUGUGCGGCAGAGACCCUGGGACUCGCAGGAUGUGAGCAGUGAAAGGGCUGCAUCUCUGCCUCAGAAGGUACCAGCACCAGAGCCCAAUUAUUAAGGUUAAGAGUGAUGGCUGCUAAUGUCAGCUUGAGGUCCCAGAAGUUUUCCUUUCCCUGGCCGCACUGCCUCUUAGUUGCCAUGGAGCUGGGCCUGGCCUUGCUGGAAUGGAGACAGCCUUGAAAACCUGAGGCACAGGGAAAGAAAGUGGGAGAGAAGGAAGCCAUGUCAUGCUUAACCUCAAACUGUUUCCUAGGCCUCCCACCCCAGACCCACCACACACACAGCCAAACAAUACACACUCACUCACAUAUAAGCUUCCAUCUACAGGUGUGCCUUCACUUUCCAGGCAGACGCAUGUGGCCCCUGGCCUCUAGGUGUACAGACACACAUACAGCCACACAUUCUCUCUGGUGCCAGCCUGGUUCCUCCCCUUGGCUUUCCCUUGGCCCUCUUCCAGGGGCCAUGUGCUGCAACUAAAUGUGAAAGUCCAGCUCCUGCCCCCUUCUUUCAGCCCAUGACACAGCUUUGACCCCAUAGGGAAGUCCAGGGGACUCAUUCCCUCUUCCUUAUCCCCUGCCCCGCCCUGAAAUUGACAAUCACUUUUUUGGGACAGGUUAGGAUUUUUCAAGGGCCUGCGUCAUUCAGUCUCCUCAAAGGGAAGCCUUUGUCAGUGAAAAUAUAAUUCUUAGAACCGACAUUUAAACCCGUACACAUCUGGAGGGAAACCAAAAAUGGAAGGGGGAGGCGACCCCUCAUUUUUUCUGCUUCCAGAGAUAUUAGAAACUGACUCACUUGAUUGGAAAUGGAAAGAAGUGCCUUGAAUGGGGGGUGGGUGCACCAGACGGGGACCAGCCUUGCCAGCGGCUGCUGUAGCCUCCAGCUUGGCUGAGUUUUGUAGGCUGCCAGCUGCAAGGCGAAGGUGGAUGAACAGUAAAGGGGGGUGGGCAGCAGGGACAGCAGGCCUGUGGAGCAGGCUUUUCCCAUUAUUGGGCUGAUCCCCCUCCCUAUCUGCGCCUAUCUGACCCCAGGGGUCAGAUAGUUCAGAUGCCCCUUGCCUCAAGUCUUAGCUCCUAUAGUGCCUUUCAAAUGGGACCUCAUCUCCUGUGCACAGCCUACCCACCUCCCUCUGCUUCCCUGGCAUGGCCCAGGCAGGGACAAGCUGGACUUGGGCCUAGUUCUCCCCCUUCUCAGCCCCACAGCUGCUGCCACUGAAGCCCCCUACUUGGGCCAGGUGGAAGAGGAGCUGAGAAGCCAGCCUCCAGCUUAGCAGGGGUGUGGGACCUGGGAUCCAAUUUGUGGCUUCCUGCCUGGCUUCAGAGAGCUCAGCAACCUCCCAGGCCUGUUUUCUAGGCUUCUAGAAAGCACAGGAUGAGCAAGGCCUGUCACAGUGCAUCUGCACCUCCUCUACUCUGGCUCCAGAGAGGCUCUGGACUUGAAGAGGGAGAAGGAGAGAAAGGGUAUCUUCCCCACUUGGGAAGUCAGCAUAAGGCCUAGCAAGGUCACCCUGACUCCACACCCCAGCAUUCCAUUCAUACCAGAUAAUAGCUGCAUUACUGCCAACUGACCUUAUAACCCUGUGCACCUUCAGAAAGAUUUAUGGUUUUGAAUUGCUGCUUUUAAUAACAUUUGUUAUAUUAAAGUUAUAAUUAAUGUGUCUGACUUACAA